UCAAACACAAUUAUGGAACUUCAAAGACAGAAUUUAAAGACAACAUCGCCAUUAUCUUUAGGACGGUUUCACAUUUCUGAAGAUUAUGGCUUUCUUCUUCCAAAUCCUCUGAAAGAACUUCCAGAUCAUUACAGGCCUUGGAUGGAAACUGCCAACAAACUUCCUGAGUUGAUUGAGAGUCACCAGCUUCGAGCUCAAGUGAGCGAGAUGCCCCUCCUAAACUGCCAGUUUCUCAAGGGCUACAGGGAACGGCGCCUAGCUCACUUGGUCCUGAGCUUCAUCACCAUGGGAUAUGUCUGGCAGGAGGGAGAGGCACAGCCUGCAGAGGUUCUGCCAAGAAACCUUGCCCUUCCCUUUGUGGAAGUCUCCAGGGACUUGGGGCUCCCUCCCAUCCUGGUCCAUGCAGAUUUGGUGCUAACAAAUUGGACUACAAGGAAUUCUGAAAGGCCCCUGGACAUCAGGAACUUGGACACCAUUUUCUCUUUCCCUGGGGGAGAAAGCCUGCGUGGUUUUGUACUGGUGACUGUUUUGGUAGAGAAAGCAGCAGUACCUGGGAUUAAGGCACUUGUUCAAGCAGCGAAUGCCAUGCUGCAGCCCAGCCAGGACUCCCUGCUGCAAGCCCUGCAGCGGCUGAGACUCUCCAUUCAGGACAUCACCAGAACCUUAGGACAAAUGCACGAUAAUGUAGAUCCAGACAUAUUUUAUGCAGUCAUCCGGAUCUUUCUCUCUGGAUGGAAAGAUAACCCAGCAAUGCCUGUGGGAUUGAUAUAUGAAGGAGUCUCCACAGAGCCCCUGAAAUACUCCGGAGGGAGUGCAGCUCAGAGCACAGUGCUUCAUGCCUUUGAUGAGUUCUUGGGCAUUCGCCAUAGCAAGGAAAGUGGUGACUUUCUGCUCAACAUGAGGGACUACAUGCCACCUUCUCAUAAAGCCUUCAUAGAAGCCAUCCAGUCAGCUCCUUCACUGAGGGACCAUGUCCUAUCCUCCGGGAAUGGCCCACUCCUGGCAGCCUACAACCAGUGUGUGCAGGCCCUGGCAGAGCUGCGCAGCUAUCACAUAACCAUGGUGACCAAAUACCUUGUCACAUCUGCAGCCAAAGCAAAAGGCAGGAAGCUAAGCCAUCUCCCAGGACCACCUCAGGCCUUAGAAGACAGGGGCACAGGAGGAACUUCAGUUCUGAUCUUUCUAAAGAGUGUCAGGAAUAAGACCUUGGAGGCAAUCCUCCCCCAAAGUGGUUAA